ACUCUAUGACUUUUAUCAAUUACAGUUUUAUCUAUGAUUACGAAUUUUCGACAUGUUUUUGAAAAUCAUACUUAGAUCAUUGGUGUCAAAAAAUGAAUUUUUUACUAAAAUAUUUUCUAAACAGAAAUACUGCAGUAUUUCUUACAAUAAAUUACUUUUCAGCAAUCAGUCUCUUCAACGUGAAACAAAAUUCAAACAUCAAGACAUAAGGCAGUCGUAUCUCCUUAAACAUUUUUCUGCAUUGAAUAAUCAGUACUAGUACUUAUACUGAAUAUUUAUUAGAAUAUUUCUCUUAAGUGUUUUAUUUUUUCUUUUAGAAAUGAAAUAGAAUUUAUGCAUGCUUGUAAUGAAACGUUAGAAUCAUUAUGUGAAUAUUUUGAAGAAAUUGUUGAAAAUAGUCCUCAACUGGAUAACCCUGAUAUUACAUUCAGUGUAAGUGUGUUAAAUUGUAUUAUAUUUAGUUAAAUUAAUAUUUUUAUUUUAUAGGAUGGUGUAUUAACUCUGCAAUUAGGUCCACCUUAUGGUACUUAUGUUAUUAAUCGACAAACACCAAAUAAACAAAUUUGGUUAAGUUCUCCAAAAAGUGGACCCAAACGAUAUGAUUUUGAUGGUACAAAAUGGAUUUACAAACACGAUGAUGUUAGUUUGCAUGAGUUAUUGACUAUUGAAUUAUCUACCAUUUUUUCUAUCGAAGUCAAUUUUUCUAAAUGUGUAUUUAGUGGUUAUAUACAGACAUAAAUAGAUACUAAUUUUUACAUAAAUAUUAUGCGUUUAGUAUUAUUUAUAAAAUUAUAAUUUAUUUUGAAUAUUUUGUUUUAAGAAUUUCUGAGAAUUAUAUAUUUUAAAUCAAUGCAAUUUUAAUAUUAGCUAAAACUGAUAUGAUUUAUGUGAUAUUAUAGUACACUAGUUUAAAUUUAUUUGUUAAUAUUUUAUUG